GGUGUGUGCUGGUCUGUGUGGAGCCCUGCAGACAAGCUCUGAAGACGCGGUGGCAGAGGAGAUGUUGGUACAGCUCCCGCUGCAGGGCUGACGGCUCGCAGAACAACGUCCAGUCGACGCGAGGGGCUGCCUGCCUGGCUGUAUCCUGAACCAUUGUUGUCAGAGUUACCUCUCCAUAGAAACGCUCUCCCAGUGGAAGAGGAGGAGCAGGAGACCCUCUGGGUUCAGGAUGAAGAAGUAGAGCCAGUGACAUCAAAGAGAUUGUGGUGGAGAAGGAGGAGCUGGAUGAAGUCAACUCUUCAGGAUGGGUUUUGAUCUGGAGAGGUUUGUAGGCUAUGUGAAUGAAGGCCUGCUAUGCUGUGUGUGCCGAGAUGUGCUUGAGCGCCCCCUUCAGGCCCCCUGUGAACACGCCUACUGUAGCUCCUGCAUCAGCAGCUGGCUGCUUCAUCACCACACCUGUCCAGAGGACAGACUGCCAUUAGAUGUGAGCAACCUCAAGCCCUUGUACAGGUACAUGCGCAAUGACCUGAAUCGCCUGCAGAUCCGCUGUGUGAAUGCAGCACAGGGAUGUGAGGUGGUCUGCUCCCUGGAGAGCCUGCAUGCACAUGAGGAUGAGUGUGUGUUUGCCUUCAUAUCCUGCUCUAACACCGGCUGCCCCGUGCAGGUGGAGAGGAGAGGUUUAGAGGUGCACAUGUCAGAAUGCAGCUUUCGCAGCAGAGAAUGUCCUAACGGCUGUGGCCACGUUCUCUACUCCACCGAACAAUCACAACAUAACUGUGUAGCAGAGCUACGCACAGAAGUGGAGCUGCUGAGGGCAGAGAUGCUGUGUAAGGUGGAGGAGGUGAGACGGGAGAUGGAGUCCCGCUUGGACUCCCAGAGAAGACACAUGGUGCAAAAGGAGUCGCAGCUGAAGAAUGAGGUGGAGGAGAUGAAGGGUCAGAUAUCCCGUGUGGUGUGUGACAUGCACGCCCUGUUGGGGGCGGAGCGCCUGAGGAGGCAGGAGUUAGCAGAGGCGGAGCUUGAGAAGAGGGAGCUACUGGAGCUUCUCAGAGACCUGCAGCUCACUCGGAGUCAACAGCCAGCAGAGCAAGCAGCCAGGGGCCAGCAUCAGGAAGAUCAGGAGAUGCCCUGCUGGGAUCGGGCUCGCCAGCCUGCAGAGACUCCUUUACACACCUCCAGCCUGUCCCUGCCUUCACCUCCCAACUCCGCCAGUAACUCCUCCCCUCAGCUGGGAGAGCGCAAAGGCCCCCGCAGUUUGACUCUCGACUGCAUCAAAAGGAGAAGCCGGGAGGUGACUGUCAUCUGAACACAUAAAAAUUUAGGCAAUUUUGUGUGCUAUCAAAUAAAUUAUUAAAAGAAAUAAAAGUUGUUUUUUUUU